AUAGCAAACGGUUGUGCGCUCUCGUCCUACUGCCACCGAAAAGAGGUGUUUAAAUUGAAUCUGCACAAGUUUAAGUCGAAAAUCGAACUCGCGGUACUUUAUAAAUAAUAGUGUUGAAUUGAAGUCGCUGAGGUAACACCUGAGAAAUCAACUCUAAAAUACUUUGAAACAGAAGUGUUAGUAAAGUGAAAGUAAACAACUAUCAUACUGAAACUGCCAAAUCUACCGUAAGUUUUCGGGCUUUUCAAACCGGCAAACAAAAUCGCGGUUCGGGAUUUCGGUUAUCAAAACUGCUCCUCUCGCGUCGUCCCUUUACCGUUUUUUGGCACCUACGCGCGCUCUCUCGCUUCGCCAAAAAUUUUCCGCUCUCUCGCGAAGUACCGUUGGGCCUACACCGCUGGGCAAGAUUCUAGCAGCAUCACACCGUCGCAUACACAUUGCCAUAAAUUGUGAUUAACCGCAACGCAACCGAAAGCGACAGCAAGACGAAGAUUUUUAAUUAAAUUAAGAGUGAAAAAUACCAGCAGCCGCAACAACAGCAGCAAACGUAAACAAUCAGCGCUGGCAAAUUAAAUAUUUAAAUAUUUGCACUCGGAAAAUUGUGCGGCAUUUUAAAUUAGGACUCCAGGUCGCUCCAGCAUCGCUGGGCAUACGAAAGUGACACAUUCCACGUCCCGAGUCCCGUGCUCCAGUGAUCCCCAAACAUAAGCAAACGCCAAACAUAGAUGGUGUGUGUGCCAAGCCAAAACAGCCAUAAAUAAAGCGAGGAAAAGCAAAUAAACAAUCGGGUCAAAGUGCUUAGUCAGGCUAAAAGAGCCCAAAAUCCGACAGGAACAAUAAUCCGGAAAUUUCAGUGCGAGGCCACAUGCCCUUGUCGUCGCAUCGAUUGGAAUUAAAACGGACGUCGGCCAAAACAAAUAGCCAUCAGCUAUAAAUUUACAAACGCCCCAGGAAAAUGCAUUGCAGCAAAACAAGCAAUUAAAGCAGUGCAGCCCCACAACCACGAACCGAACCUGUAGCAGUAUCCCAGUAUCCUGCUAGCGUCGUAUCCUGCCGCCGCCUGCUGUGCUAAAAACCUAUUUUGAAUAAUUAAAAUUCCGUAAGUGCUGCAGUCGAAGACGUCGACAAAGGCGAGUGCUUGCUUGUGCAAUUUCUGCUGUGGAGUGGUAACAGAAGAAAUCGCAGGACAACAGCAAGGAGCUACCAUUGCUCGCAACACAAUCUGCGGCCUGCAAAUUCGUGUGCAGCAAUGAAAUAAUUAAUUCAAUGCACCUGACUAAGUCGCCGACCAGAAGUAGCAGCAGCAGUAGCACCAACAGCAGCAGCAGCAGCGGAAUUGCUUACAAAUUCGAGUGCCACAGCAACAGCAAGCAGAACAGCAAGACCGGCAAAAUGGCCGCAGAAGCGAGGACAAUUAGCAAGCCGGGACAUAUCCGCGAUCGCCGGGUGGGGAGCCUGCCCCACAUCCUGCUCCUGGCCAUCGCAGUGGUGUCCCUGCACUUUGAGAGCGUGUCCGCCCAGAGCAUGAUGACCAAGAACGAGCCCAUGUUCAUAUCACGUUCGGAGACAUUCAAAUUCAUCACCGGCGAGACAAUAGUGCUGCCCUGUGAAGUGGCCAACACGGACACGUACGUUGUGGCCUGGAAGCGCGGAAUAGCCAUAUUAACCGCCGGAUCCGUGAAAGUGACGCCCGAUCCCCGAGUGCGUUUGGUCAACGGAUUCAAUCUGCAGAUACGCGACGCCCUGCCCACGGAUGCCGGCGAUUAUAUCUGCCAGAUUGCCACUAUGGAUCCACGUGAAAUCACCCACACGGUCGAGAUACUCGUGCCGCCGAGGAUUCAUCACAUUAGCACCGGCGGACAUUUGCAAGUCAAGAAGGGCUCGUCGGUGCGCAUCGAGUGCUCGGCCACUGGUAAUCCAAUGCCGAAUGUGACUUGGAGCCGCAAGAAUAAUAUUUUGCCCAACGGCGAGGAGAAGCUCCACUCGCACGUCCUCUCCAUCGAGAAUGUGGAUCGGCACAAGGGCGGCGUCUACAUAUGCACGGCCAACAAUCGCGUGGGCCAGCCCGCUUCCAGCCAGGUCGUGCUCCAUGUCCUGUUUUCGCCGGAAAUCUCCGUGGAGCGUCCUGUGGUCUUCUCUGGCGAAGGGCACGAGGCCACGCUGGUCUGCAUCGUCCACGGCGAAACACAGCCUGAGGUAAUUUGGUUCAAAGACACCAUGCAAUUGGAUACCACGGAGCGGCACAUCAUGGAGACGCGGGGAUCAAGGCACACGCUGAUUAUACGCAAAGUGCAUCCGCAGGACUUUGGCAACUACUCCUGUGUGGCGGAAAAUCAGCUGGGAAAGGCACGCAAGACCCUCCAGUUGAGCGGAAAACCGAACGUGGCCGUUUUUAAUUCACCGCCAAUCAGUCAGUACAAGGACAGAUACAACAUCUCCUGGGCCGUCGACUCGCACUCUCCCAUCGAGGAGUACAAGCUGUCCUUCCGCAAGUUGCCGCAAGGACACGAGGUCGUUGGCAAUGCCAUCGACUCGCCCUCCUCCUCCUCGUCGAUGUCCUCCUCCUCGUCCCAGAUGUACGGCUCUGGGCUACAUGCGCAUCGGAUUGGCAGCAACAUGGGCGGACUGUCCGGACUGUCUGGCAGCGGCAGCUACUCCGGCUACGGCAACGUGAUUCACUGGGGCCACAACGACUGGCGCAACGUCGUCCUGCCGGCAGUUCCCGUUUCGCACCACUACGCCCAGGGCAUGAGCUACAUGGUACGCGGCCUGGAUCCCGAUCAGCAUUACGAGGCCACCGUGCAGUCCAGGAAUCGAUACGGAUGGAGCGAUUUGACCAACAGUUUCGUCUUCUCCACAUCAUCAAAUGAUAACGAGAUGAGAGAUCUGAGCGUCACCUUCUACGGCAGCAGCGCCAUCAACCGACAGAAGCUGGGCCUCCUGGCCCUGAGUUCCGCCACUUUGGCUCUGAGCCUGCUCGUGGCCUAAUUGCUUUCCAAUUCGACCUGAGUUACGAAUUUCACCGCCAAUAGCACAGUAAAGCGAAUCGAUUGACUUUGAUCUGGGCCAGCCGAACGGAGAUUGGAUACCAAGGAUACCCAAGGAUAUCGCGCUCCUGCACAACACUCUAGUCGUUUAAGCGAUGAUCCACAUAGGCAUAAGCAUUUCUCAUUGUUCGACUCGAAUUUCUCAAGCAAGUUUAGUGAAUUAAUCAAGAAACGCAAAACGGAACCAUACAUUAUACAUGUAACAAUCAAUGUAAAAGAGCAUGCAACUGUUCAAACUAGGACCCAUAAAGCAUUCACUACACCCACUCACACCCACAUUUGCCGACCAUUCCAGCACUCAAAAAUAAGGAAAAAAAACCCCACUGUACAUAGAUUUUAUUGCAUACUCCUAGGUAUAAACUGCACCAAAGAAAAAGUCACUCGACGACCGAAGAAAUACAUUUAAACAUAACUAGUAUGUACUCGAGGCUAAAGGGAUGAUGGCCAGCGAUGAGCCGGGGGUCAAGUUCCCGGGGUCACGGUGGUGUGUGGAGUACUUUGUAGCAUUAUGCGGAUAGUUAAUUUAAUUAAUACAUGAAUGCAUAAACUAAUUAUCGGAUACGGCACUGCCACUGCAUGCCACACCAUGCGUUUUAGUCAAAUUCAGAAUCCAGAACUCCAACUAAUUUGCAGCAUUCGAGACACGGAGUGCAUUUGAAUGGCUUACAGCAGACAGCGUUUUCUAGCUUUUUGCAAUUUGUAUGUAUGUAGCGCUAAGUAGCUUAAUUGACCGCAUAAAUGCAAUUAAAUUAGUCAACAGACCUAUUGAUUUGGUAUGUAAAUUAAUCGACACACAAAAAUGGCAUCCACAUGGCUAUUGGAUUACAAUUAGUGCGUAAGUGUAAAUAAAUAUGAUUGAUGAUGGCUAACAGUAAAUACCAGUGAAUCGCAAACAGUAAUAACUAUAAAUAUAUAUAUAUAUAUAUAUAAAUAAAUUCCCGAACUUGCCGGGCUUUAUCUCAGACACCGAACAGUGGGUGUGGCCAAGGUUGUUUUAUGUAAAUAUAGUGCAGCACAGUCAUUCGAAAUCUCAUGAUAUAUGUACUUACAGUUCGAUACUCGUAUUGUUGCUUCAGAACGCAAAUGGCACCUUUCUCGUUUGGUUUUCCGGCACCCUCGAAUUAUCCUUUUUGGCAAUCCGAAACCAAAGACCAGAAGACCGGACAGAAAUCGCACCCCUUAGAUGCAGUCACACGUAUGAGCUAGAGGUUAAGUGAAUAUUGUAAUGAGAUUAACGACAAUGACGCCUACAUAUAAAUAAAUGUAUAGGAGAGUAAAAUUUAAUUAAUUAUAAAACUCAGCCACAUACAAGAUACGCAUUCUGCUUUUCUAGACUUAAAUGAGGUGGUUAAAUAACCGAAUAAAAAAACUUAGCAUAGAGCCAUAUGUGUAAUUAAUACUGCUGCCGAACGAUUGGCCACACAAAGCGAAAAGUGAAUUACAGUAAAGUAUAAUUUGUGUUAAUGUGAAUGUAAAUGGAUGUGCAACAAGCGAUACAAUUAAUAUUACAAAACGCCACAGAUAAAGUUAAAUCCCCAAACCUCCCCCAACUUCCCAGGCCCCCAAAUCACCAAUUCCCCCAACCGAUUCCCACUCAAAGUUGCUUUGGUCCGGCGACUGGAGCCCAUCGAUAAGUUAGCUAAAUGAUAAUGAGACGAUGACGAUGACGUCGGUACUCAGUAUAUAUAUACACCUGAUAUAGCGAUCGAGCCGUUACUUGUAUGUGUAAUUUACAGCUUAGUUAUAGUUAUUCGAUUUUGUUAAAUGCAACAAGAAAUACCAAAUCUACUUUAAAGUAAUUAUAAAUGCUAACCCACACCAGAACAUUUUCGGUAUUGAAUGUAUAUGUGACUAGAAACCGUAUGUGUAUGUAUAUUUGAUUAUUU